GUUCUUUUCACUUCUUCAGAAAACAGCGAUAGAAGAUAAAAAGCCUCAUCCUCUUUGCUGGUCAGAUUUCGAUCACUGGAAGAAGAGGAGCAUCAACAACGUUCUCUGUGGAGCAGGCUCUCUUUGACUUCAGCCAUGCUCUCCUUUUCAACCCCACCUCUUCUCCACCUGAGUGUCCUGCUCUCUCUGUCGUACCCCUCCUCUGUUCUCUCCUGUGGCGUGGGGAACUACAGCCAGUGUCACACCGCUCCCUUCGUACCGGGACACAACCUGGUGGGGGAGGGCUACGAUGUGGUCACCUUGCAGCGCAAAGGAGCCUACAUGAUCGACGUGAAGACAUACAUGACCCCCGCUGGUACCUGUACUCUCUGCUCGAACCCCCUUCAAGGAGACCAGCUGCAGAAACUGCCGGUCUCUGCAGUGGACUGGCGUGCGUUCACCCGCUGUAAUGCUGACCUCUACAGCAGUUCACACACCGACGUCAGCUCACUGAUUCAAACGUACACCUCCCAGGACACUAACGACUGGAAGCUUGGCCUAGAUGUAGAGAAGUUUGUGACUGCGGGCCUGGAGGUGGGAGGAACAAAGUCCUCAGCGUACAAGUUCUCUACAGAGAGGACCAGAGAGGACCGAUACUCCUUCAGCACCCACAGGGUCACCUGCAACCACUAUGGUUAUCGUGUGUCCCUCAGACCGCCGCUCAGCUCUGAGUUCAGUGAAGACUUGGCGAGGCUGCCGAGUUCCUACAACUCCGACACCAGGACUCAGUACAGUGAUCUCAUACACACCUACGGCACUCACUACAUUCGUCAGGUUUACCUCGGGGGCCGACUCAGGCGAGUCACAGCUGCACGGACAUGCUUGUCCACUCUGAAUGGACUCUCCUCAAAUGAGGUCAGCUCCUGCCUCUCAGUGGGAGUCUCUGUAGGCCUGGGGAAGUUGAAUUUAUCAGCCAGCCACAAAUCUUGCAGCAAAGUGCUCGAGAACCGAGACGUCUCCACCUCGUACAGCUCCGGUCUCCACCAACACUACUCAGAGGUGGUGGGAGGCAACGGUUGGUUGGGGGAGUUUUCUCUCACCCGCAACGACUCCCUUGGCUACAUGAAUUGGCUGAAAACCCUCAAGGGAAACCCAGAUGUCGUCUCGUACUCUCUCAGGCCGAUGUAUGAGCUGAUGCCACUGGAGACCCAGAGGGCCGGGAUGAAGGCUGCCAUAGAGCAGUAUUUAGAGGACAAUGCUGUGAAGAAAUCCACCACAGUAACAAAUUGUGGGGGGGGCACUCCUAACCUGGCCCCCAACUGCUGUCCUCAAAGGGCCUCGAGGGGAAAACUGGAGGUGACCAUCAUCCGAGGGUGGAAUCUGAAAGGAGAUCUGACUGGCAGGACAGAGAGCUAUGCUAAGAUGUGGUACGGAUCAUCGCACUACACAACUCACAUGAUCCGGUCGAACGACCCCUGGUGGAACGCGUAUUAUAACCUCGGCACGGUGGACACACAUGGGGGUUUAAAGGUCGAGGUCUGGGACGAGGAUUUAAACUUUGAUGACCAACUGGGAGCAUGUGUGGUGUACCUGAGCCAGGGGACACACAGGUACUCCUGUCCGGCCAAAAAAGGCGGCUUUGAGGUCCAGUACACCCUCACCUGUGACCCUCACCUGACUGGAGACAGGUGUAACCGCUACAAACCCUCUCCAAAGUGAGGAGGGAAAAAUUAGGCUACACUAAUCUGAAAUUCAGCUUGUUUAACUUUUAAUUUCAAACUAAAAUCACAUUUAGUCAUCCAUUUUUAAAGUCAAAAUGAAUGUGCCGAGGUUUAAAAUAAAAGGGGGAAUUAUACUUACUAUGUUUGUAUGACAACUAUUCUAAUAAAAGAGCUGUGUCUUACUUUUCAGACUAGUAAUACAAAUAUCUGGGGUUGAUUGGGAAUCAAUAUGUCACAUGACAUUUAAUCUAGACUUUUCAAGAAAGAACUUGGUAAAUAUUAUUAAAAUACUAAGGUUGGCUUAAACGUGUGAAAACAGUUGUGUCC